AUGAACAGUGGCGGCGGCCUCCCGCCCCCCUCGGCCGCCGCCUCCUCCGCGUCCUCCUCGCUGGCGGCGGCCGCGGCGGUAGUGGCGGUGGCCCCGCCGGGGGUCGGGGGCGUCCCCGGCGGGGCGGCGGCGGCGGCAGCGGCGGGGGUGAAGCUGAAGUACUGCCGCUACUACGCCAAGGAUAAGACGUGCUUCUACGGGGAGGAGUGUCAGUUCCUGCAUGAGGACCCAGCCGCCGGGGCCGCGCCGGGCCUCGGCCUCCAUAGCAACAGCGUCCCCCUGGCUCUGGCGGGCGCGCCCGGGGCCGGCUUCCCGCCCGGAGCGGUCCCGGCCGGAGGAGCCGGGCCGCCCGCGGGGCCCAAGAAGCCGGACCUGGGGGGCCCCGGGCCCGGAGCCGGCGGAGGCGGAGGUGGCAACAGUGGGGUCCUCGACGGGCCGCGGCUGGCAAUUCCUGGAAUGGAUGGAGGUGCUUUAACUGAUACGAGUCUCACAGAUUCCUAUUUCAGCACCAGCUUUAUUGGAGUCAAUGGAUUUGGAAGCCCUGUGGAGACGAAGUAUCCUGUGAUGCAGAGAAUGACUAAUAGUAGCAGCUCCCCAAGCCUUCUAAAUGACAGUGCCAAGCCAUACGCAGGCCACGAUCCUCUAACUUCACCUGCUUCAUCCUUGUUUAAUGACUUUGGUGCCCUCAACAUCUCUCAGAGAAGAAAGCCAAGGAAGUAUCGCCUGGGGAUGCUGGAGGAGAGGCUAGUUCCGAUGGGAUCAAAGGCACGAAAAGCAAAGAACCCUAUUGGCUGCCUUGCUGACAGGUGUAAAUCAGGAGUACCCAUCAAUAUGGUUUGGUGGAACAGAGUCACAGAAAACAAUUUACAGACACCAAAUCCUACCGCAAGUGAGUUUAUUCCCAAAGGAGGAUCAACCUCCAGGCUGAGUAACACGUCCCAGUCACAUGCGUCUGCCUUCUCUCAAGUGUUCUCUCACCCAUCCAUGGGGACUCCUGCUGCUGCCGGAUUAGCACCAGGAAUGUCAUUAUCUGCUGGAUCCUCCCCUCUUCACUCCCCCAAAAUCACUCCACAUACUUCUCCUGCCCCCAGAAGAAGAAGCCACACUCCAAAUCCAGCAAAUUAUAUGGUGCCUUCUAGUGCCUCUACGCCCGGGAAUAAUCCUGUUUCUCAGACACCAUCUUCUGGUCAAGUGAUCCAAAAGGAAACUGUUGGUGGGACGACGUACUUUUAUACAGACACAACUCCUGCACCUUUGAGUGGAAUGAGAUCUUUCAAAAAUUAUCACAGAACAGCUUGCCGAGCAGAAGGUCAAAUAAUUGAGGUAUUUCCCAACUACCACAUCUAUCCUCCAACUGCACCUCACGUUGCUUAUAUGCAGCCAAAAGCGAACGCACCUUCCUUCUUCAUGGCUGAUGAACUACGACAGGAGCUGAUAAACAGACAUUUAAUAACAAUGGCUCAAAUCGAUCAAGCGGAUAUGCCAGCAGUCCCUACAGAAGUUGACAGCUACCAUAGCCUGUUCCCUCUAGAACCACUGCCACCACCCAACCGGAUACAGAAAUCAAGUAAUUUUGGAUACAUUACAUCCUGUUACAAAGCUGUAAAUAGCAAAGAUGAUCUGCCUUAUUGCCUUCGGAGGAUACAUGGUUUUCGUCUUGUUAACACAAAGUGCAUGGUAUUGGUCGAUAUGUGGAAAAAAAUUCAGCACUCAAAUAUUGUAACCUUGCGUGAAGUGUUUACCACUAAAGCUUUCUCAGAGCCUUCUCUUGUGUUUGCAUAUGAUUUCCAUGCUGGAGGAGAGACCAUGAUGAGCAGACACUUCAAUGACCCCAACGCGGAUGCCUAUUUCACAAAGAGAAAGUGGGGUCAACAUGAUGGACCGUUGCCCAGACAGCAUGCUGGAUUGUUGCCAGAAUCUCUUAUUUGGGCAUAUAUUGUCCAGCUGAGUUCUGCACUGCGUACCAUUCAUACAGCAGGUUUGGCAUGUCGCGUUAUGGACCCAACAAAGAUUCUGAUAACUGGCAAAACAAGGUUGCGAGUAAAUUGUGUUGGAGUUUUUGAUGUUUUAACAUUUGAUAACAGUCAGAAUAAUAAUCCAUUGGCAUUAAUGGCUCAAUACCAGCAAGCAGAUCUGAUAUCAUUAGGAAAAGUUGUGUUGGCUUUGGCUUGCAACUCUUUGGCAGGAAUUCAGCGAGAGAAUUUACAGAAAGCCAUGGAACUGGUGACAAUCAACUACUCCUCUGACCUGAAGAAUCUGAUUUUAUAUUUGUUGACUGACCAAAACAGGAUGCGAAGUGUAAAUGACAUCAUGCCCAUGAUUGGUGCUCGAUUUUAUACUCAAUUGGAUGCUGCUCAAAUGAGAAAUGAUGUCAUAGAGGAAGACCUUGCAAAGGAGGUUCAAAAUGGAAGACUGUUUAGGCUUCUAGCAAAAUUGGGAACAAUCAAUGAGAGGCCGGAGUUUCAGAAGGAUCCUACCUGGUCGGAGACGGGAGACCGGUACCUGUUGAAGCUCUUUAGGGAUCAUCUUUUUCAUCAGGUGACAGAAGCGGGUGCUCCUUGGAUUGACCUCAGUCAUAUCAUUUCUUGUCUUAACAAGUUAGAUGCUGGUGUGCCAGAAAAAAUAAGCCUCAUUUCCAGAGACGAGAAGAGUGUUCUUGUGGUGACUUACAGUGACUUAAAGCGAUGUUUUGAAAAUACUUUUCAAGAACUGAUUGCAGCUGCGAAUGGUCAGUUGUAGUAUUUGCUUAAAAAAAAAAACAAUAGGUGGGAUAUGGCCAAGGAGCUUAACCAAUAGCAGAUUGCACUACAGCUGAACUGUUCUCAUCAUCUCAUCUCACGUCGGGGAAGCACGCAGAAGAUGAGCAGAGCUGCUUGCACUUGGGUCAGGUGCGCUGUUACUUGAAAGAAAGAAUGUCUCCCUCAGCCCCGAUCUGUGGCUACUGGCGGGGCCACACCUGUGAAGAAUUUAUUUUAGAUCAAGGAGCACCAUUAGGUGAAUGAUGUUCCAGCUUUUGGUUUUUUUUCCCCCCACUUGUAUAUGCACUAAUUUUAAUUUUUUUAAGACUUUUUUCUGAUCUUUGAACUUUUGCCAUGUUGUAUACUUAUUAAGGGAAAUUAUUUGCAAGGACACUUUUGGGAAACCAAGCUGGGCAACAUUUUGUUCACUGAGGGGUGCAGAAUUUGCUCUUUUGGGGAGGGGUUGCCCUGAAUAACGUAACGGACCAGGUCAGUGAUUUCAUGGAAGUACAGUAUAGUGCAUAGUUCUUGUAAGAGUAUUGUAUGCAAGCUCUGUAUGCCACCCACUGUUUGUUCAGAUUGAGAGUUUUUUUGUGUGUUUUGUUUUGUUUUUAAGAACACAGAAAAAUAUCAGUGAAUUAUUGGGCAAUGAAUUCCCCUCUCAGCUGAUUUAAAUCCUUUCUGAAUGAGGAUAGACAGACACUGAAGGAGCAUACAGAACUCUUUGCUCCAGAUUCAACCAGAGCCUUUUUUUUUU